AUGACGACCAGGUUUGACACUUGUUUCAGACCCAAGGAACCGGCCAAAGAUAUACGCACUGACCCACAUCCGCCGCCGAACGAAGCAAGGAGCCGGGACAUCGUUUGUUUCAAGUGUCAAGGAAGAGGUCACUAUGCGUGGGACUGUCCAAACCCGAGAGCCAUGAUCACUACGCCAGCCGGAGACAUUGAAUCCCAAGACGAGGAAGAAGGAGAGCCGGACGAUCAUGCGGAACCGGUUGAGUUAGAAGAAGCCAUUGCCGAACCCGAUGUCGGAGAGCUGCUCAUGAUUAGGUGGAUGCUUAGUACCAGUCUUGCCUUAGACGAUUUAAACCAAAGGAACAACAUUUUCCACACGCGAUGCACUGUAAGUGGAAAAGUUUGUGGCUUGAUCAUUGAUGGUGGUUCAUGCACUAAUGUUGCAAGCUCUUAUAUGGUCAAGAAAUUAUCCCUUCCAACCACAAACCACCCUAAACCUUAUAAGCUUAAGUGGUUAAAUGACAAGGUCGUGAUCCAAGUAUCGCAACAGGUCACGGUCCCUUUUAGUGUUGGCCGAUAUGAAGACCAAGUCUUAUGUGAUGUCGUCCCUAUGCAAGCGAGCCACCUCCUUUUGGGGCGUCCAUGGCAGUUUGACAAACGGACAUCACAUUGUGGCCAUACCGACCAGUAUACGCUUGUUCAUGAUAGUAAACGCGUUUGUUUAAAAUCGUUAUCACCAACUCAAGUGAGUGAAAUGCAAUCUAAACUGGUUAAGGAUCCGAACUCUAAAAUGAAUUUUUUGAUAAUUGCCAAUGAUGUUAGGAGAUCACUUAGUGACUCCACUUGUCAAGUGUUAUUGAUGGUGUUCAAAGAUGUUUUGACCGUAGGAGACAAUGGGGAUCACAUACCGGAUGCGAUCAAGGCCCUUCUCAAGACGUUCCAGGAUGUAUUUCCUGAAGAACUACCAUACGGCCUUCCACUAGUACGUGGUAUCAAACACCAAACUUACCUCAUACCCGGAGCUCAAUUACCGAAUAGACCAGCGUACCGAGUCAAUCCCACCGAGGCCAAGGAGUUAGAACGACAAGUGGGUGACCUGAUGAGACAAGGAUACGUCCGGCAAAGUCUCAGCCCAUGCGCAGUACCAGUCUUGCUAGUCCCAAAGAAAUAUGGUACAUGGAGGAUGUGUGUAGACUGCCGAGCUGUGAACAACAUCACCGUCAAGUACCAGCACCCGAUCCCACGCCUCGACGACAUGCUUGAUGAGUUGAGCGGUUCUACCAUCUUCUCCAAGAUAGACCUUAAAAGUGGCUAUCAUCAAGUGAGGAUGAAAGAGGGAGAUGAGUGGAAGAUCGCCUUCAAAACCAAGCAAGGUUUGUAUGAAUGGUUGGUAAUGCCAUUCGGACUUUCCAAUGCACCUUCUACCUUUAUGCGACUUAUGAAUCAUGUUCUACGUGCUUACAUUAAUAAGUUUGUGGUAGUUUAUUUUGAUGAUAUCCUUGUGUAUAGUCAAAACUUAGAAGACCACCUAAUUCACCUUGAACAUGUCUUGAAAACGCUUAGGGAAGAGAAACUUUAUGCUAACCUUAAGAAGUGUGUAUUUGGAGCUGUUGAACUUGUCUUUUUAGGGUUUGUGCCAAGUUUGGAGUUUCCAUGGGCUUGCAAGUUUUUACCGGCGGUUCGUGAAGGAUUUCAGCUCCAUAGCCGCACCGCUCAUAGCCGUGACCAAGAAGAACAAGGAGUUUUAGUGGGGACUGGCGCAAGAGGCAUCCUUCCAAGAGCUAAAGAACCGGCUGACCCAAGCACCGCUUUUGGUCCUACCCGAUUUCAACAAAACGUUCGAAGUGGAGUGUGA